AUGGCUAUGCUAAUUGAGUUAGAAGAUCUUCGGCCAACCGUCAAUCAGAUCCGGAUAUUUUCGUGUAUUGCCCUGGCAAUAAACCUCAUGGUGCUCUUGCUGAUUGUUUUCGGGACGCCAAAAGCAAUGAUUCAAUAUGGACGGCUUUUGUUGCUCUAUCAGAUCGUGUCGACUCUUGUCGAUUGGGGAUUCGGCUCGGUUUUGUUCCCGAUUUUCUGUUUCCCCGUUGUUGGCGGGGUUCCUUUUGGGUGGUUGGCGAAUUUCGACGUUCCCACAGAUUUAAUGGUUAUAAUCGGCUGUACAAUGGUGUUCGCUCUCGCCGGUGCUAAUGGGGCGCUCUUUUUCCAGCGACAACAGGCGAUUCUUCCCGAAUCACAUCUACUCAAAAUGACAAAACAUGCUCCGAUGUAUAUCUUUUUGUACACGACCGGUUUACAAGGGUUCACUUUUUCCGCUACGAUUCUCCACUUCAACGACUCGGAGGCAAUUCGAUACGCGAAAUUGCAAGAUUACCCCGAGCUUCUCCUUUUCUUUCAACACCCCAAAUAUUAUGGUUUCCAAGUGGAGGCCGGGAUCUACAUUAUCUCUAUGUGUGCUGUUUAUGUGGCAAUCAUGAUAUUUUACACAAUAGAAACGACUGUUCCUACUUAUUACUACAUGAACAAAGUCACGCAUCUAUUGAGCUCGAGUACACAAAAGAUGCAACGUCAACUCUUGACGUGUCUUUGCAUACAGUCAGGUUUCUCGAUGGGCUUUAUCAUUUCACCGGUGCUGAUCGCCGUCAUUUGUGUGCUCGGGAAUCUACGAGGUUUUGAGUCGUACAACUUGAUCCUUCCAUGUCUCAUCACACUUCACGGUGUCUCCUCAUCUCUCUGUAUCCCAAUUCUUUAUCUUCCAUAUCGAAGAUUUCUCUUUCAAAAGCUUAAUUUGAUUUUACCAGCCAAACUCUCGAUCGAGUCAGCUAAAGUGGCAACUCCAUUGGCUUCGCUACAAAUCUCAAGCGGUAUCAUCUCCUCAACGAAUCGGAUGGGAAUAGUUUAUCAAGCA